GAUCUAUUAAAGAAAGGUGAUCGUACUGCAUGUUGUUACAAUUUGCAAAUUCACCUGACAGAAGUCAAGUGAAAAUUUGGGAAAAUGAUCCACCGCAAGUUUGUUUUCUUGGCUGUAACUCUUAGCAUUGCCUUCUGUGCACAGUGCGCCUAUGCCGCAAGCGCACCGCAAUAUCUCUAUCAGUUGCAAAAUGCUCAGUUCAGCAAACUUCGUGACAGUAACUGCAAAUACUACGUCGUGGAUCCUGAUGAUUCCGAAUUGACCGCCAGCCAACUGACCACUCUAAAAGGGCAAGGAAAGGUCAUCUUGGCUUAUAUUUCCAUUGGCGAAGCGGAAACUUAUCGUGACUAUUGGCAGUCAUCGUGGAAAGAGGGCAAUCCCGCCUUUCUGGAGAAAGAGAAUCCCGACUGGGGCGGAAAUUAUAAAGUGAAAUUCUGGAUGCCAGAAUGGCAGACCAUCCUUCUGAAUUUCUUACGCACUCAUAUUUUGCAAAAGGGUUAUUCGGGAUUGUAUUUGGACAUUAUCGACGCGUACUAUUACUUCGAAAAUCAACGUCCAUCCGCAAAGCAAGACAUGGUCAACUUUAUUUCGCGAAUUCGCGCGGAAACUCUAGCGGUUAUUCCAGGAGGAAAAAUUUUUCCUCAAAAUGCCGUGGAGUUAUAUGAAAAUGUGGGAUAUCGUCAGUUGAUGGACGGCUUUGGCGUUGAAGAUACUUGGAUGGAUGGCGACAAAAUGCAGCCGAGUCAACAGACGAAAUAUGUAUUGAAUAUCCUGAAGCAGGCUAAGCAGGAUGGGAAGGUUGUUCUUGCUGUCGAUUAUCCGAAGAAACAGAACAAUAUCUGCACGUUUUAUCAGAAGUGCAAUGCGGAGGGACUCAUUUGCGGAGCAUUUGAUCGAGAUCUUACAGGAAAACUGCAGACCUGCAACGCCUAGUGCGUAUUUCAUCAGUCGUCUGCUCUAAUUUUUUGCCAACUUGAGCCACAUUAUUACUGAGUCCAAUAUGUUUGCAAUACCUUCGUAAAUCCAAAAUGUUGGGUAGUGCCCCUGCCCAAUCAUCAUUACUGUUGUUCCUUAUGCUCAUUGCUCAGUGACCGUGUCAGUGAAAAUUACAGGAGGCAAGGCCGGCUGAAAAUUUGCUUUUCUCAGUUGGACUUUUUUGCCGUGGAAGAGUUACCAUGUUAAUUGAAAUUUGUUACACGCUUACAUGUAACCGGUCCUUUUGAUAGUAGUAUCAAAUAAUGAAAUUCAUAGAUUUGAUCGUAUGGUACAGUAAUACCAAAUUCUACCAAUAAAAAUAAU